AGACUUGAACCUUUUAUGCCCCCAGCGCCUUCCUCAGUGGAGCGCCCGUACACGGCCGGAAUGACAUCUGGUCCCUUUCCCUGUAAUAAUCCGACGAGUUUGACAGAUUCCAGUUAAACCGGAUGCCAGUUGACUUCGUGAUGACACUCUCGGAGCCAGUGUUCUUAGGGCUGGUUUCACUGUCUCUUAGAACUGAAGGGUGGAGCUGGGAUACAGAUGUGUUGUUCCUUUUCAAAUCAAACCUGCGUUAAGGAAUCACCCUUUGAGGAUGUUUAGGAUCAUGGGCAGAGGGUUCCCAGAAUUGGGAUGUCUGAAGAUGUCUGAUUUGAAAAGGAUGACAUUACAUGAUGUAGGCUGUUUGCUCCCCUUUCCCCUCGCUUUUUGUUUCAGUCUCUCCUUCCUCCUCCUCACUGGGGUUUUUUGUAGCCGAUGUGGCAACACCACUUCUGGGGCCUGGACUGAAAAGCUAACUGUGACCAACCGUUAAACUGUGGAAUAGUCUCCAAGUGAAGGAAACCCAUCGUUUGAGACCAUUAAAACUGGAUUCUACAAAGUUCUGGAACGUGGCUGUAGGGAUGGCUCCUGAGCUGGCCAGAAUGGACCACAUUAAUGACCAAAUAGGCUGUUUCCACCCCUGACUUUUCCUUCUGGAGUUAGAUCUAGAAAAAAAGGACUUGUGAAGGGAGGGUUGCCAGAGCAGCUUAGGUGUGGAUCUGAUGGCUCCAUGCUCUGCUCAGACACUCUGUACCUUUAAACCUUGGUUCAUAUUGAAUGACAUUGCCUCAGUUAUCAGGCAAUUUGCUUUUCCAGAAUGUUACUUGUGAUAUUUAUUAAAGUUUGCUCAGCGAUGAAGACUGAGCUCUAUAUACAGUUUUCCACAUCAUCCUGUAUAUGGUUUGAGUUAGGUCUUCCAAAACUAGUGGGGAGCAAACUCUACACAUGUACAUGUAUAAUAUCUUUAAAUAAUGAUCUAUAUUUGUAAGUUAAGGAGGUUUACAUCAAAGUAAAAUUUUGAAAUUAAAUAAAACACAAUCACUUGGUUACUCUGGAAUUUUUGACCUUUUUUUUUUCCUUGUAAAUGUGUCGUUUUUUUUAGCUAGUAUUUUUUGUCCCAUUACAAAAGUGGCAUUAAAGAAUGUGGCAAACUUUUGUUUGUUGCUCUACGUUUGUUUUUGCAACCCUAAAUCUGAGAGUUUUCAGUAAAAUUGACUGAUUUGUUAUUCAGCAGAUGCACACUGACGAUUAGCAUAUUGAUUGAAUCUUGUAUGUUAAAAGCAUAGCAAAAAGUGCUCUUCUUAGUCUUAAUUUGGCUAAAAUACCUAUUGGUCCAUGCCAGAGGAACAUGGAUGUGUCUUUAUGUAUGUUUUUUCCUGAGAGUACAAAGUUUAGAAGAAAAUAUUUAUGCUGCAUUUUCUAAUGGUUUUGCUCUGUUUCAGUGAACCUCCUUAAACUGCAUGUAUAUGUUACUGUUCCUAUGUAUGUGUGUCUCUCUAUCACAUAACCCAGAACUUAUUUCCUCAGCCAAAUGGCUAGGGGGCGAGCCUAGCCAAGAUUUUACCUCCAAUGGACGCAAGUUUCUUUGGUGAAGAUCUCUCCUGAGAGUUCGGGACUAACAGAAAGAAGCGAGGAAAUUUCGACCGUUUGGUUCUUACGGAUAGGUAUUUAUGUAUUCGGGUUUGUGUGAACGUAAGCUAUAGUAUUUGACUUUUCAGAAAAAUAAUUUUUUUUUUUGCAAGUGACAUUGAAUGGUUAGCCAAACAUAAACGGUAAGAUUUGCCAGUGAAGUGGAUACCAUUUAUGCUAUUGUUAAAGGAUUGUUUUAUUUUUAAUUAUAAGUUUUAGUAUAUCGUAGAAAGGAAGUUAGACUUUAUUAAGAUAACUUGGCUUUAAAAGUAGGUGAGACAUGACUAACCAAAUUAAAUAUAAAUCUGAGAAAUUUUUGUAUUUGCUUUAAUGUUUUUACUUCUUUAUUUCAAUUGGUAAGUAUGUAUGUACAUUACCACACCCACACAGACCUAGGCUUCAGUUUCUUUCUAUUGACCAGUUGGUUCAUAUUACAGAUAUGAUGGACGUGGUCACCUGCAUGACCUUUCUGAGUACGAUGCUGAGUAUUCCACCUGGAACAGAGAUUACCAGCUGUCGGAAGAGGAGGCACGAAUAGAUGCCCUGUGUGAUGAAGAGAGAGGAAGAAUACAAGCGACUGAGUGAAGCUCUAGCAGAGGAUGGGAGCUAUAAUGCAGUGGGGUUCACUUAUGGCAGUGAUUACUAUGACCCCUCAGAACCAACAGAGGAAGAGGAGCCUUCUAAACAGAGAGAAAAAAAUGAGGCUGAAAAUCUGGAGGAAAAUGAAGAGCCGUUCGUUGCCCCGUUAGGAUUGACUGUACCACCUGACGUGGAGCUGCCACCAACGGCAAAAAUGCACGCCAUCAUCGAGCGCACAGCCAAUUUCGUGUGCAAGCAGGGCGCCCAGUUUGAAAUCAUGCUGAAAGCCAAGCAAGCCCGAAACUCCCAGUUUGACUUCUUGCGUUUCGAUCACUACCUCAACCCCUACUAUAAAUUCAUCCAGAAAGCUAUGAAGGAGGGCCGCUACACCGUUCUGGCCGAAAACAAAAAUGAAGAGAAAAAAAAACCAGGGGUCAGCUCUGACAAUGAAGAUGAUGAUGAUGAAGACGGUAAUUACCUGCAUCCAUCUCUCUUUGCUUCCAAACAGUGCAGUCGCCUGGAAGAGCUUAUGAAGCCUUUGAAGGUGGUGGAUCCUGAUCACCCUCUUGCAGCGCUGGUUCGUAAAGCCCAGGCUGACAGCGCCACGCCCACCCCCCAGGCGGCCGAGGGCACAGCUGCGCAGCCCCCGCAGGUGGAAUACACUACAGACUCGACGGUGGCAGCCAUGUACUACAGCUACUACAUGCUGCCCGACGGUACCUACUGCCUGGCGCCACCCCCUCCCGGGAUUGAUGUGGCCACUUACUACAGCACCCUGCCCGCGGGCGUGACCGUGUCCAGCUCCACCGGCGUGACCACAGCCCCGCCGCCUCCUGGGACCACGCCGCCGCCUCCCCCGUCCACCACAGAAACAAGCAGUGGGGUGACCUCUACGACCACCACAACAAGUGCCCUUGCCCCCGUGGCUGCCAUCAUCCCCCCACCCCCGGACAUCCAGCCUGUGAUCGACAAGCUGGCUGAGUACGUGGCCCGGAACGGCGUAAAGUUUGAGAGCAGUGUACGUGCCAAGAAUGAUCAGAGGUUUGAGUUCCUGCAGCCCUGGCACCAGUAUAACGCCUACUAUGAGUUCAAAAAGCAGUUCUUCCUCCAGAAGGAAGGUGGCGACAGUGCACAGUCUCUGCAGGCUGCAGCAGCGCCAGAAGAGGCUCCGGCUGAAUCUGCCGCUGAGAAACCGAGUGAGGCUGUGGAUGACGGGGCGUCUGAAGACGUCGCUGAGGGUGGAGGAAGGGCAGCCUCGGGGAAGAAGGAAGCGGCAUCCGGCAAAGCCGUCCCUGAUGGGAAACUCGUGAAAGCUUCCUUUGCUCCAAUAAGCUUUGCAAUCAAGGCCAAAGAAAAUGAUCUGCUUCCCCUGGAAAAAAAUCGUGUUAAGCUAGAUGAUGACAGUGAUGAUGAUGAAGAAAGCAAAGAAGGCCAAGAAAGCGCUAGUUGUGCUACAAACCCUAAUCCAGCAGUUGUCCCACCCUGUGUAGUUGUUGAGGAGAAGAAACCUCAACUUACCCAGGAGGAGCUAGAAGCGAAGCAAGCAAAGCAAAAGCUGGAGGACCGGCUGGCAGCUGCCGCCAGAGAAAAGCUCGCCCAAGCUUCUAAGGAGUCAAAGGAGAAGCAGCUUCAAGCGGAGCGUAAAAGGAAAGCUGCUUUAUUUUUACAAACCUUAAAAAACCCUCUGGCAGAAGCAGAAGCUGGGAAGAUUGAGGAGAGCAAUUUCACUGUGGAGGAAGCUGGUACCACCUCACCCUGCGCUCCGCUAGUCGCAGGGAGAGGUCUGCCCGCUCUGGAAGGGAAACCACCUGACAGGCCUUCAAGCAGAAGCAAAGAUGCGCCCCGGGAAGAAGAGAGGGAGAAGAAAAAGAAAAAGCACAAAAAACGGUCUCGAACGAGAUCCCGCUCGCCCAAGUACCACUCGUCGUCCAAGUCCAGGUCCAGGUCGCACUCAAAAGCCAAACACGCCCUCCCCAGCGCCUACCGGACGGUGCGGCGGUCGAGGUCGCGGUCCAGGUCCCCUCGGAGAAGAGCACACUCCCCGGAGCGGCGCCGGGAAGACCGAAGUGUCCCCACUGCCUACCGCGUGAGCAACAGCCCUGGGGCCAGCCGGAAACGGACACGCUCCAGAAGUCCCCAUGAGAAGAAGAAGAAGAGGCGAUCACGGUCACGGACCAAGUCCAAGGCCAGGUCUCAGUCAGGGUCCCCAAGCAAGCAGUCUGCACACAGGAUGUCAGCGCACUCGGCCAGCAUCUCUCCUGUGGAGAGCCGGGGGUCCAGCCAGGAGCGCUCCAGGGGAGUUUCUCAGGAAAAAGAUGGUCAGAUCUCGUCAGCAAUUGUUUCCUCUGUGCAAAGCAAAAUAACUCAGGACCUGAUGGCCAAAGUGAGAGCAAUGCUUGCAGCCUCCAAAAACCUGCAGACCAGUGCCUCCUGAGCCCGCGGGCCAGCUGCCACACAGCCCAGCGCCAGAGCCGGCACAGGCGUGGCCACGGUCUGCCUCUGCAGCCUGAAGCAUCUGAGGUCACAGAACCGGCAGAGCCGAGAUGCGUACUUCUGUCCAGAUCAUCACAGAAACCACCCGAUGUUCCACCCGGGCUCCCUCAGACAGGUGGCGGCUUUUGUAAAUUAAUUUUUGAUGACAUUUUCAGUUUAAGAUUUUUGACCAGCAGUCUCUUACCUGUAUAUUUGUAAAUAAUAUCAUGUUUCUGUGAAAACGUAUCCAAUAAAAUUAGAGGAAGACACCUUUUCUA